AUGGCGGCCGAUAUCCCAUCCUUCACGCUGAACACGGGGUACAAGAUGCCAUCCGUAGGCAUGGGGUGCUGGCUCGGUCCGGCUGGACACGAGGAGACCGUCGAGCAAAUGUGCAAGACCGCACUGGAGGUCGGAUACAGGCACAUCGACACCGCUGCCGGGUACUUUAACGAAGCCGCCGUCGGGCGUGCGAUCCGUGCCUCCAGCAUCCCGCGCGCGGACAUCUUCGUCGUCACCAAGCUCCCGAACGGCGACCACGGCCGCGUCGCCGCGUCCUUCGCGGAGUCGCUCGCAAAGCUCGGGCUCGACUACGUCGACCUCUACCUCAUGCACUGGCCGCAGGCCGCAGGCCCCGACGGCGCGACAAUCCCGCGCGGCACAAGCCCCACGUUCGUCGAGACGUACAAAGAGAUGGAGAAGCUGCUCGCCACGGGCCAGGUCAGGAGCAUCGGAGUUUCGAACUUCUCUGUCAAGAACCUGGAUGAGCUGCUGAGCGCGACGGACGUCGUGCCCGCAGCGAACCAGGUUGAGGUGCACCCGUGUCUACCGAGCGUGGAGCUGAUGCAAUACUGCGAGAGCAAAGGGAUCUUGGUGACUGCUACUCGCCUUUGGGUAUGCCGACCGAAGGAAUACGAUGGGAAGCCGGUGUUUCUCGAGGACCCGGAUGUGGUGCGAAUCGCAAGCGACCGUGGCACGACCCCAGGGCAGGUUGCUCUCAGCUGGGGUGUCCAGAGGAGGACGGCCGUGAUUCCCAAGAGCGAGAAUGCGGGACGUAUCAAACAGAACAUCUCGCUCGUGACGCUUAGCGCGGACGACAUGUCAACAAUGGAUGCAAUCCAUAAGAAACCAGGCUUGCAUCGAUCUCUGCUUCGCUAUCACCUGAACGCAAGGAUGGCACCGUGUUUGGGUGGACGUACGAGGACAUGGGAUGGAACAUGA